UCGGACUGAUGUGGGCCGUGAGCUUCCUGUUUUCAAGUGAAACACUUAGCUAGCUAGUGUGUAUUCGUCCAAGUAUUGACUUUCGACAAUUGUAAAUAGCGCAGGAGCCAUGCCUUUCCUCCAUGGGUUUCGGAGGAUCGUAUACGAGUAUCAGCCGCUGGUAGAUAACGUCAUGUGUGUUGUUGGACUGGAGGAAGGGGACGGUAGUCACGAGGACAGAGUCCAAAGUCCUGAGGAUGAGUCUGGUCUUUGUGGCUCCCUUGCAGAGCUUUUGGAGCGGGAGUCCCAGUCAGAAGUGUUUGUGGAAGGCAUCAGCUACGCUUUGUUUAAGGUGGCAGAGCGGGGACUGGUGUAUGCAGCUGAAAUCCUACUACGCUAUGGGGCUGAUCUAAACUUUGAAGACCCAGUGUCUUACUACAAUCCUCUACAUAUCGCAGUUUUGAGGAACAGGCCCAACAUGGUGAGGCUGCUGGUCGGGCAUGCAGCAGACAUUGAAAAGAGAGACAGGAUCCAUGAGAGCAGUGCUUUGGAUCUUGCUAGUGAAGAGUCGGAGAGGUUUCCCUGCCUGCUCACCCUGCUGGAUCUGGGUGCUGAUGUGAAUGCAAGAGAUAAACGUGGAAAAACACCUUUGCUCCAUGCCUUGGCAAGCAGCGACGGACUCACUGUGCACAACACGGAGAACAUCCAGCUUCUACUCCAGAGAGGUGCUGACGUUAAUGCUGCUACUGUAGAUGGUGAAACAGUUGAGUCCUCGUUGGUGUUUCUGGUUAAGGAGGCUCUGGAGGCCACUAUAGAGGACGCUGCUGAGAUCGGUAUCUUCUGCUUGAAAGCCACCCAGCUACUGCUGGCUCACGGUGUGGACCCCAGCUGCUGUCUGAACGAGGAUGGCGAGCCCUCCCUGACACAGACUAGCCUGGAGCAUUUUGACCUGCUCUUCCCUCUGGCUGUGCUCCUAAUCCAGAGCGGAGCGUCUUUGGUUUGCUCCUAUCACGGCGACUCCUGUUGGUCACUCUACAGCCUCCUUUUCCAGAGGCUACAAACAGCCCUGCAGCAGUGCUCUGAUCAAAGUCAUGCCUCAGAACUGCUGGAGCAGGCCGAGGUGUUGCUUGACUUAGCGAGGGUAGACGACCCCACACCGCAUCUGCCUCUGAGGCUGGAGCUCCCCGUGCCUGGUCGGGACCCUCACCCUUAUGCUCAGGCUCUGGUAGACCUGCACAACCGCAUAGUAGAGCACGAAGUGAACCCUCCUGCUCUGCGAUGCCUUUGUAGGGCAUUCAUAAGAAGCCACUUACAGCCUUGGCCUCUGGAAGACAAAGUCAAAGCCUUGCCAUUACCAGCCAGACUAAAAGACUUUAUUCUUCCUGAGCACACGUAUACUCCUAAGCCUGGCUGGGACCGCUUCAAGCCCCAACAUAGCCAGCGCUGACGUAAAUAAGCUAGUCUAAGUCUAGUUCUUGUGCUUUCUAAAUCUAAAUAAAAGAUUGAACAGGCCUGUAAUAAUUUGUAUAAAAU